CCCCUCCAUAAUUACUCUUCAGACCCUCCGCUGAUCCAAGUAGGAUCCGGUCUGCCCACCCGUCGUACACUGCAGAACCACCAUGGGAUUGUCACCAGGAGGAGAGGUCGCUCAGGUCCUUGCUGGCCCUAGUUUAAUUGGUAUCUUCCUUAAUGUGGGGUUACUCGGGGUCAUGAUCACUCAGGUCAACACAUACUACAACACAUUUCCAAGGGAUCCUUUAUGGAUGAAACUCUUUGUUGCCAUCCUUCUAGUGUCCGAUGUCGUAAACAGCGCGUUCAACAUUGCCUGGAUUUACAACACGCUCGUCAACCAGUUUGGCAACGUUGAUGCCCUCGCUAGUGCCGAUUGGUUAUUCGCGUCCGAGGAGUCCAUGGCGGGCCUUACUGCCGUGAUGGUGCAAUGCUUCUACGCGUGGCGGAUUCUGGUCCUCACGAAGAAGUGGUGGGUCGUAGUGAUUGUGGGUUUGAGUUCCCUUGUCUCCGGCACUUGCGCAAUCGGCACGGCCAUCGGUGUCACGAUUGUCAAGGAUUUCAGUAAAUUCCAGUCGCUGGACGUCAUUGCGCUUCCAUGGCUGAUCUCCUGCACGUUGUGCGACGUGCUCAUCGCUCUAUCCCUCUCGAUGUAUCUGCGCAAGCACAAGACAGGUUUUGCGCACACAGACACUGUCGUUAACAAGAUCAUCCGAACCACUGUCCAGAACGGUAUGCUCACCGCAUCGUUCACCAUCGCGCACAUUGUCGCGUAUCUCGCCUCCCCAACGGGCAUCCACAUGAUCUUCAACUAUGGUGUUGUCAAGCUUUACACCAACUCGGUCAUGUCGAGUCUGAACUCCAGGAGAGAAUGGGUCAACUCGCUUUCGCAACAAGGCUCGAGUCGCAAGGACGACGGAGCUGGCAUGUCCAACUUUGUGCAGACGAACCGCUCGCUGCGUCCGCAGGUGACGAUCAACGUCGAGACGCACGAGAUGGUCGACGUCGGCACCCUGUCGAAGCACGACCCCGAGUGGCCCGACAUGGUCACCUCCGACUCGGACAAGAGCGCACACGACGCGCCGGAGAAAUUCGUCGCAGUGUGAACGCGCUUGCGCGCACUUGCCCGGCCCUGCGCAGCCCGCACCUCCCAGUAAUUAUUCUCUGGACGCGUUCAUGGACUCGUGUGGAUGUACAAUUACGCUCCCGCCGGCCAGGAGGGCCAGGCGACUUAUCUAUCCUUUUUAAUGUAUCCCGCACACUCGUUUUCCCCAAUGUCAGAAUCCAAGCUGCUGGAUUUCACCUUCGGAUUUUGGACUCGAGGGACCUGUCGCGCCUCUGUUCUCGCUUUGGUCUCCCCCUUCCUUUUCUUAACGUAUCUCUCGUCUUCGUGUGCAUAUUGAUAUCG